CGGUUAACGGUCGUAUAGUGAAUUAGAUGUACCCUACAUAAAAAAUUCAGUGUUCCACAAUGUGAAUUAGAACUACCUCCCUUGAUAAAAAAAUCAGUGUUCCACAGAAGUCAGUUAGAACUACCCUAUAUAACAAACAUAGGGUCCAACAGAUGUGAACUAGAUUUACCUUCCCUAAAAAACAGUGUUCCACAAUAGUGAAUUGGAAGUCAGUACUCUGCAUCAGUGCAUUACAAAAGUAAUUUGUACUAGUAGUACCCUACAAAAAAACUCAAUGUUCUAUAACAGUGAUUUAGAAUUGCCCUUAAAAGACAACUCUGAGUUCCAUAAACAAAUGAGUCAAAAGUAGAUACCUUCAUCAGUGUUCCACCGAAGAAAGUACUCGAAAAAAGAAAACCCUAACACAAUGGAAGAAGCGCCGGAAGAAUGCAGCGAAGCCCUCUUCGGCCCUGAGCGUGACCCCCUCUACAUUGUCGCCCCCCUCACCGCCGUCUACCUGCUCAUCUUCAUCGCCGGCAGCAUCGGCAACACCGCCACCUGCCUCGUCAUCGCCGCCAACAAAUCCAUGCGCACCGCCACCAACUACUACCUAUUCAGCCUCGCCGUCUCCGAUCAGCUGCUGCUAAUCGCCGGCCUGCCCGCAGAGCUCUACACCUUCUGGCGGCGGCGGCCCUACGUCUUCGGCGGCGCCUUCUGCUUCGCGCGCGGCCUACUCUCGGAGGCCAGUGGCAACUCCAGCGUGCUCGUCAUCGGCGCCUUCACCGCCGAGCGCUACCUGGCCGUGUGCUGGCCGUUCUUGGCGCACGCGCUCAGCGAUCCGCCGCGGGCGGUGCGGCUGAUCGCCGGCGUGUGGGUGGCGUCGGCGGCGUUGGCUGUGCCGCAGGCGUGGCCGCUGCGGGUCGAACUGGUGGCGGGCACGUGCCGGCUGUGCGUGGUGUCGAACGAUUCGUACGUGGAGCCAAUGUUCGAGAUGUCGUCGGUGGUGUUGUUCGUAGUGCCCAUGGCGGUAAUUACGGUGUUGUACGUAUUGAUCGGGUUCAGGUUGAAGUCGUCGAAGGGCUGGAGGGGGAUGAGUUCGAGCGCCAGGAUGCGGAGGAGGUCGUCUUGGAAGGUGGUUAGGAUGCUCGUGGCAGUAGUGGUGGCUUUUUUCAUAUGCUGGGCCCCGUUUCACCUGCAAAGGCUCACCUCCAUCUACCAGAAACCUACGGAGGAGACCAAGGAGGCCCAUAUGAAAUUCUACGCGAUUCUCACCUACAUCAGCGGGAUUUUCUACUAUUUAUCGGCUACGGUGAAUCCGAUCCUGUACAACAUUAUGUCGGCCAAAUUCAGGGAAGCUUUCAAGGAGACCUUUUCCUGCUGCUGGUCGAAGGAGAACCGCGUACAAUCAUAUUCGACGGCAUCGAAAUCCACUCGGAAAUGCCCGGAUUCGAACGAUUCCUAUACGCAGGAGAAUUAUUCCAUGCAGUCCAUCAUGUUAUCCGUGCACAAGAAUUCCCCGGAUUCUACGGCUACUGCGACUUUGAACGGCGCUUUAUCUAAGAAAUGAUCGAUCGACUGCAUUUCUCCGUUAUUUCCAUUGAAAGCAGUAUUAAAAAGGAACAAGUGUAAAGGUAGAGGAGGACGUAGGAGGAGACAGGAGGGAAAUUUCGAGAAUUUAAUAGUUUUAAUUAGCUUGUUACUUUGUAAACUUGUAAAUGUUUUGUUGGGGAAGUAUCUGUACAGUUUAAAAAGGUGAAGGCCAUGCGAAAAGAAGACUUGUAUUUUUAAAUAUUUUUAAUAAAUUGGUUAUGUUUUGUAGUUUA